AUGGAGAGGAGAGAAACAUCGAGACCGAACGCCUGCUCGAAAGGGCAGCUGCUGCACAUCUCGUAUGCAAUGCGCGCCACUGACGACUCCGACAUGGCGGCGCCGGGUGGUGGUGAUGGCGCUGACCGCCACGCUCUCGGAUCACCUGGGGAGGGUGUCGGUGGCGCCGGGCCGCAGCCGCAUCCGCUGCGAGGACAGUUUGGUCUUGAAGAAUGCACGGAUGCGUUUAGAAGCGACGAGGGAUACGCAUCAGCGGUACCGGAAACAGCCAGCGGUGCGCCUCUCCGUGGUGAAGUCGACGUCUGCAGUUCUUCCCUCACCGCCACGGCGCGUCAUCAGAACCUCUUGAAUCAUGGGCUGCUGGGUGGUGAUGGCGAGUUCGCGCCAACAGGUGGGCCCGCCAUUCAUAGUGCACCGUCAUCAGAGCAGGAGCUGAUGGCAUCCGGACCAGCUGUUGCGGCGACUGUGACGCAUCUGCCUGUUUCUUCGGCGCCAUCGCCCUCUUUUUCCUCCCAAGGCCAGCCCCUCUCCGCCAUCUUGGUGCCAGCCAGCCGGAGCGACGACUCAGCAGCAGCAGCACGCUGUUACAUUGACCCGUUCGCGGCAGCAGUUGGUGGUAGUGGUUCCACCAGCCGUAGUAGCAGCGUCGGCAUCGCUCGCGCAGGUACGAGCACAGGGAUGGACGGCCUGUACGGCGACCACUACGUAAAUCCACUGCUGCGGUCGCGAAGUAGGCGGAGCAGUGGCAGCGGCGGCUUCUUCGGGGGAGCAGACGACGAUGAGGACGGAUCGGCUGCCCUUCAAGCGGCCGUCGAUGCUGCCGUGCGCUUCGACGACCUCGCGAGCGAGGACGAUGUGGUGAGUGGCGGCGGUGAGCGGCGCACAUUGCUGCGCGCUGGCCCCACAACAGUGUCUCACUUGCUUGCGGUGGCGAGCGACACCGACGACGGCGCGCUCACGUGCGCUCACCGCGCAAAAACGGAUUUCUCCACCUCCUUCGGUACACCCGGCGGCCCCGGCGAUGGUGAAAACGAGCGGCAUCCGCCCCACUCGCCGCAGACGCCCGGUAUGCCGCAGUGCAGUCGCUGGGGAGACCGGAGCGCCGAUGGUUGCCCGCAGAUGCCGAACCGCGCCGCUAUCGGAGCGGCUGCGGUGCCAUCGUCGGCGCCCUACUUUGUGGCCUCCGGCAGCGCGAUCGUGUCGCCACUCCAGUCGAUGCAGCCCCUGCCCUCGCCGGUUACUGCCGCUGCCGAUCCUGCGACGGCCAUCGUGACGUCCGCUCAUCCGGGCUACACAGCUGCGCACGCACAACAGUCGCAGCAACAGCCGCUCUAUCCGUACAUCUUAACCAGCGCCGGCACCGUAGCCAAACCCUCCGCCCCGGCAUCUUUGACCUCGCCGCAGCAGCCCUCCAUCCCUGUGCCGCCGUCUCGGAACGAAGCUCAGCAGCUACAACAACAGCCGCAGCUACAACAACAGCCGCAGCUACAACAACAGCCGCAGCCGCGGCACCACCACCACCACCAGUGCUCUUCCUCGCUGCAUCCCUCGCCGCAUGGCCGGAGAGCGUCGCCGGUAGCGGUGCCGCGCACCUGCCCUGCUGGUACGGCUGCGAUGCCAACGCUGGGCGACGUUGACAGCUUUCGGUACGUGUCUCCGCCGCAGGCGUCCAUCGCGGCCACCCACUACCACAGCGUCGGCGGCGCCUCGAUGUGCGGCAGCACUGCGGCACAGAACAGCACCGACGUCGGCUUUGCCGUUCAGCCUGACACAGCGGGCAUUGGGACGGGCACGGGCAUGGGGGGGCAGAUGCUGAGCAGCUCGCUCUUGUCCUCGCCCAACGCUCAGCCGUUUUACUUGUAUCAGGUACCACAGGCGACCGUCGCCAUGGAGUCGCCGCCGCCACCAGGCAGCACGAAUGUGCUGCUUUACUCCCCACCACAGGCAUACGUUGGGUCAGGCCAGGUGGUGGCGGCACAUCUGCAUCCCGCGCCACCCACCACAGCCGCUGCGACCGCCGUGCUCAGCGACUCGUCGAGGGCGCGUUCGACGUCGACUCCGAGCGGCUCGUAUGAGCGUCCUGCUGUCACUCAACAGCAACAGCCGCAGGUCGUCGGAGGGUACACACUGACGCCGAGCGCCACCGCCGCCGCCGCGGCCGCCGCGGCGGCCGCUGCUGCCGCCACCCUGUCGGGGGAGUCGGGCCGUGCGUCGCGCAACUUGUACUUCCGCAACCUCCCACACUCGUGGAACACGUCGAUGCUGCGUGAGCUGUGCAGCCGCUACGGCGCUGUCCUGUCGGCGAAGGUUGCCCACCAUUCCACAACGAAUGCGUCGCUAGGGUACGGCUUUGUGCUAUUCGAGCAUAAACAGAGUGCUGUGACAUGCAUGGCGAUGCUGAACCAGGCCCAUGUUCACGCGGAGGGCGAGGAGUCGCGCACGCUGCUCGUGCGGAUGGCCCACGCGACAGCCGCGCCGGGCUUUCGGGAAGAGGGCGCUAGCGACAGCACGGCCUCCAGCCUUCGCCAGCCGACGGAGCUGACGCCGCCGUCGGGCUCGGCCAGCCGGGCGGGCGCGGUCGGGGGCAGGCUGCCGCAGUGGAUCUUGCAGCAGCAGCAGCAGCAGACGACAACGAGUGGGCUCCGUUCCCCGCGCACACCGCCGUCCGGCUCUGCGUCGGUGAUGCUACUGUCGCCCGGCUCUGCGCCGCAGUUUUACAGCCGUGAGCUCUCCGGUGCCAAUGUGGCCGAUGCACAUCGGGCGCAGGCGCGCCGCCACUCGAUUUGUGACAGCAGCAGGACGAACGCGAAUGCCUCGUCGAACACCUCGUGCGCCGGCGGUGACUCGCUGCGUUGCACCUCUCCAGUCGGCGGCACCGGCAACAACAGCUGCAUGGCCAUCUCCAGGACGUCCAUGCCACCGUCCUUCUCCGAGAUAUGCAACUUCAUGGGUGGCAAGGGGGUAGCGAAGGCCUCGGCGCCGCCACUGCGUGGCCUUUAUCGUGUUCCCUCAACGAGUACGACGCCAUCGCUCUUGUCCCCUCAUCAGCCACACCAAUUGCAGCAGCAGCAGCAGCAGCAGCAGGAGGGCUCUCUCUCGUACUUGUCCGCGUCGGCGAGCAGGUCCGCCACGGCCGGAGAGACCGUGACAGCGACCGCCAUGGCAGCAGCGGCGGCCCAACGCGCCGGCUGCAACUUCUGCAGUCCUCUCUCGCUCUCCCCCAACGACACCGCCUCGCUGCUGCUACUAUCGCCGUCCGUGUCGCACCCGACGGUGCAGCUGCCACAGUCGUUCCGCGCGCCUUGCACAUCCGUGUCCGGCAAGGCGUCCUCGGCAACGCCCGCCCCCGCUGCCUCCGCCUCCGCGACCACGUCGACCCGUAAUGUGUACAUCACGAACCUCCCUCUCACCUGGAACACAACGAAACUGCGUGAGCUGUGCUGUCGGUACGGCGAGAUCGUCUCCGCGUCGGUGGCGCACCACCCGGAGACAAACGGGUCGCGCGGCUACGGCUUUGUGUUGUUCGCGGAGGAGCGCGACGCGGCCUCCUGCGUGAUGGGGCUGCACCAGUACCGCGUGCCGGCCUCGUCCCAUGUGCUGCGCUGCCGCUUCGCGAAGGACAAGGCGACGCCGUCCAUCGCGCACACGCUUCUGUCGCCGUCGCCGGAGUCCGGCCGGGACUCCGGCGGCAGUGGGUGCGGUAGCCCCCUCCCCACGGCCACCGUUGGCGGGUCGCCAACUGCCGCAACGUCAAGGACGAUGGUGCCGAUGAUCGCGGUGGGCGGCGAUGCCGAUGUCUUGGAAAGCAGCCUCGUCAGCAGCGGCACCGGCAACACCACCCGCUGCAGCGUCAAGGGCGCUGUCCAGGAUGCGGUCUGCAUGCCGAUCGACGUCUUCUGCACACUGCAGCAGCGGGUGCACGCACAGUGCGUGCAGUACCUCACCCAGAAGCAUCAGCUGCAGCGCAAGGACACGGAGGACAACAACGAGCCCACGAGUGCCGUGGUCGCGGCAGAGGUGCAGUCGGAGGAGCUGGAGAGAAUGAUGCAGUGCUGCGUCGUCUACGGCGCUCAUGUGCCGACAGAAGGAUACGGCUGCGUGCGCCCGAUGGACUGCCGCAAGGCAUCCUUCCGGAGGGCUGUCGCUCGAGCACCCACAGCCGCCGUUGCCGACGACGCCGAGCAGCUGCUCAGUGGACCUCCUGCAGAGCCGUCGACGCCGGCCUCAUCAGGGCUGCGGUCAGUUGGCUCCGCCCUCUCCACCGAACGUGGCGACCCGAGUGGCGAAGUCCUUGACGCCACCGACACGGCCGCGCCAGUGACGCUGUCGGGAACGGUAGUUUGUACGCAUGCCAUUGCCGUCGGCCGCGCGCAGCCGGCCUCCCCCACACUCACCGGUACAACCACGAUGCCGGCAGCCCCGAGCACCCGACGUAGCAUGAGCGACGAGCCGUCGUGUGCGCCGCCGCGUGGCGUUGGCGUGUCAGACGCGGAGAGCGCGCGUGGGGUCGCGACGCCAGAGGUGGCGGCAUGGCCAGGUGCUCUGGUGGCGCUGUGGUACACCGGCACGCUCUUCACCACCGAGGCAGCGGCAGCGGCGUUUGUCCGGGCGGCAGCUGAGGCAUCGUCGGGCUCCGGCGCAACCACCAUCGCAGAGCGUGGCAAUUUCGGCACCCACAGCGGAUGCGUUGUGGAGGCGUCGACGGUGCCGCUCUCCUCUAAUGGCAGGGACACGCCGGCGGAUACCACUCUUCCCUCUCCGUCGCCGGCUCUCGACAAGACGGCCAACCUUCAACAGACACGCUUUGGGCUCUGGGAUCAGGUAAUGGUGCUCAGCAGCGCGCCGUUGGCGGUGCCGGCGGCCCCGCCUUCCACCUCCUCCGCGAACAACACGGCAGCCAACAGCACGCGCCUGCACCCUACAGAGGAGCCGUAUUCACAGCACCGACCCACAGCCACGCCUCCCCAACAGCAGCACCAGCGGCAUCACUUGCGCCCGUCACAUCAGCUACCGCCACCAACGGCGCUGCGUGCACAGACGAGGGCCGGCAGCGCGGCCGCAUCCACGACGCAGCCGCGCGGCUCCAGUCUCUUCCCUGCAACAGGCAUCGCUGCGGUUGCUGCGUACUCCUCGGCUUCCACGGCUGAGCUGCCGCCAAAGCCUUCGCAACCGCCGCACCUACAGCAGCAGCAGCUGCUGUGCUCGCCGUCCCCUGCCGAGACGCUCCUCUGCUCUCCGCCAUCGCAUGCAGCACACUACACCUCCGCGCGCGUGGCGCUGACAAGCCCUGCCGAUGGUGUAUCGCUGACGAGUCCGACACCGCUGAUGAUGGUGAUGGGCGGUGACGGUGAUGGCAGCAGCAGCACCAGCAGCACCGCUGCACCGUUGACUUUCCCGAAAGACUUUGUGGCCAGCGCUUCCGCCGGCGUGACUGGCCGAUAUCCAUCAGCGACAGCCGCGGAGUGCGCCUACCUGCUCGGCUCUCCUGCGUCUACCUCGCCCGUUAGCUUGAGCACGGGCACCCACAUCCUUUCCGGCUCGGCGACGCCGCCGCUGGGUGUGGCGCUGAACUUCCCAAGCGCAUCGAGUGGGUACUCGACGCUGUUCAAUGCGGCAGGAGCGGGUAUCCCUUCGGGGCAUCCGGCGUCGGCGGUGCACGCAGCCCCCGCUGUCUUUGCCGCUGCGCCUUCACACAUGGCCGCCGCACACGCUUGGAGGGCCGCUACUAGUGGUACGACAGCUGCGAUGUCGAAUGUGCUCAGCGCACCCCCACCGGUGACUUCUGGACCGUCGUCGCUGUUGUCCACCGAGCAGGCACCGCCACCGCCACCGCCCAUUUCUUACCCGUUUGGCAGCGUCAUCUAUGCGGUGCCGGAGGCGGCGGCCCUGACGGCGUUGGCCACCGGCGGGCCGCCGGUGUUGUUCAGUGCCGCCCCGAUCAGCGAUGUGGCCAGUCCGGCGACGCCAGCCUCGUCGGCGCAAGUGUCGUGCGCGACGCCCGACGCUACGUCUCAACGCUCCGCGUAG